AUGCCGCCCAAUUACUCUGCAGGCCUUCAACCACACGCCAGGGACUCGCUCGAGUUGGCUUCGUUGGCAUCCUCGAGUCAACGUGGUCACGACGACACAUAUUCCGAUACCGAUUCGAGGCCGUCCAUUUCCUCGUCGCGGAAACUGUCCCUCGAGCAAGAUGACCCAUUAGACGACAACAACCCCGCUGUCCGACCCGGCCAAGGCUACGGCCAUGGCAGGACAUACUCGAAUGCCUCGAACUUCGACUACACUGCCAACCUCUUUCCCUUGUCAUCCUCGGCCGGGAACGGAUAUGCGCCGCUGGGUGCGCCUACGUCAACAGGGCUACAGGGAGGUGGCUUGGGAGGAACAUCGUUGGAGAAGCACAAGACCUUGACCUACAUGAAUGGCUUGGGCCUUGUCGUUGGUCUGAUCAUUGGCUCCGGCAUAUUUUCUUCGCCGAGCCAGGUCAAUACCAAUGUUGGCUCGCCUGGCGCAGCGCUCAUUGUUUGGGUGAUAGCAGGUGUCCUGGCAUGGACUGGAGCUGCGAGUUAUGCAGAGCUGGGCGCUUCCAUCCCCCUCAACGGAGGACCUCAGGCAUACCUCAGCAAGAUCUUGGGAGAGUUGUCGGGCUUUCUCUUUACAUGGGUUGCCGUUCUCGUACUUAAACCUGGAAGCGCCGCUAUCAUCGCCAUCAUCAUGGGCGAGUACCUGGUUCGUGCUGCCAUUGGGGCCGAAGCCGAGACCAUCAAUCCCUGGAUCAUGAAGGCUGUGGCGCUGGUGGGACUUUUUGCCGUGACUUUCAUCAACGCCCUCUCUACACGUCUAGGAACUCGGCUCAACGAUAUGCUCAUGUUUCUCAAAUUUUUUGCCUUGAUCGGUGUCACCAUUGUCGGAAUAGUCGUGGCUUUAACUGGCUUUUCUGUUACCGGAACGGCAAACAAUGAAUGGAAGGCCCACUCGUGGUUUGAAGGAACAACCACAGAUGUUAGCAGAUGGGCAGUGGCAAUCUAUGCUGGCUUGUGGGCCUUUGACGGCUGGGACAAUACCAAUUACGUUGUGGGAGAGUUCCGCAACCCUGGACGUGAUCUACCGCGUGUCAUUCAUACAGCCAUGCCACUGGUUAUCGCGAGCUACCUGUUGGCCAAUGUAGCCUACUUUUUUGUUCUCCCGACGAAAGUAAUCAAUUCGACGAAUACUGUUGCCGUCAUGUUUGGUGGAAAGGUUUUUGGGCCAAUUGGCGCGCUUGUCCUUUCCAUUGUCGUGAGCGCUUCCUGUUUUGGAGCCCUUAAUUCAUCGACCUUUACGAGCAGUCGUCUUGUAUACGCGGCUGGCAAGGAGGGCUAUUUUCCAGCCGUCUUUGGGCGCAUUGGUGUAGGCUCCACGGACCCUGGGCUUUCCUCUACACGGACGAGAAACUGGUUUUCCAAGAAGCUCCACAGUAUGCUCAGCGAUGAGGAGACUGGUCUCUUCUUUACUCCUGUCAAUGCCAUAGUCCUCAACGGCGCAUUGACGGUUGCCUAUGUGAUUGUCGGCGAAUUUGGCGAGCUUAUUACGUUUUACGGAGUCGCUGGAUACACGUUUUAUUUCUUGACCGUUCUGGGACUCAUCAUCCUGCGGGUCAAGGAACCGAACCUGGAACGGCCCUACAAGACGUGGAUUACCACACCCAUCAUCUUUUGCUGCGUGAGCUUGUUUCUACUGAGUAGAGCUGUGUUUGCGCAGCCACUGCAGACAUUGAUUGUCAUUGCUUUUGUUCUCGUUGGCAUUCCUGUGUAUUUCUGGAGAAUACAUGGAAGGGAUCAGGUGACGAAACGCGACAUUGGGGGCACAUCUAGGCAUGGCUGGAAGUUUUGGAAGCGGUGGGCGAACUAG